UUGUUUGUAUAUGAGUGUUUCUCCAGUACUGGUUACAACUAGGUGUUGGUUCACUAAAAAGUCCGUAUUUCAUAAGAUUGUUAUUCAAAUGUGACAAUUUGCAUUACAUUGCAUUAAGAAAUGGUUAAUCUAUAAAUUUUGAUAUUUUGAGCUCAUAAGGUGCUAGGGAAAUAUUGAAAUUGUAAAAAAUGUGUGAAAUUACUACCCAAAAUGGCAGCUUUUGAUGUAACACGGAACACCAUGGUAUGAUUGAAUUAAUAUCGUACUAAAACCAAGCGGCAUAAAACUUCCAUCUUUGUUGGAAUAUGUUAACAAGAUCCUCAUAUUUCAAUGUCAUUAUUUAGUUUUUCUCAAGGUUAUCAAAAUAUUGAUUAAACACGGCCACAAAAAGGCGUUUGAGGCGCAUCGCGAUGUGUCCCACUUUAUACGGAAUUACAAUCCUCUAUGAAUUGUAAACAAGAAAUAAAUAAUACGCUCAACAUUGCAUUUCUGUUACAACAAGCAUUAAAGAUUUCUUUUAAAGUAUUUUUUUUGUUAAAAGCUUUCUAAACAUGCAUAACGAGCUUAAAAUAGGUCGAGGUGUCCCAGAUGAAGCGCCUGUGCUGCGUGUGUUAAGAAUGGGAUUAUUUUUCCCACAACACUACUUUUUAUGAAUGAGAGUUCUUUUGAGCAUCACAGGUAUUGUGUAGAACAAAAAAAGUGCCGCUUCCGCUGGAAAUACUAGCGUAGUAAUUAACAGGAGUACGUAAACAAUAGCGUGUCCCACAAUUAACCAUUGAUGCGCCUCAAGCGUCGACACGAUCAAUCGCCGGCAAUCUUGCACAAAAACCUCAUUUAAUCUGUUUUUUGUGAUCUUUUGUGAAUCAACAACCCAUCAGGUACGUAGAUAUUUCAUUAUUCUACUGAAAUUUAAGCUUAUUACAAAUAAGUUUGAUUGCAAUAUCCAAAUCGAAGUGCUUUUUUUAUUACGAGGUUACUAAAUUUAACCAUUCAAUCAUGACGUCACGUGAAGCGUCUUGAACACAAUUUAGUCUUAAAUCGUAAAGUUAAUCAAUUUUAAAGCCUGUUACUAAACAAAAAGUUUAUAUUUCUAAAACAAUUAUGUUGAUGUAAUAGUAGACGUGUGUAGCGAUUUAAAAUAAUUAAUUUGUUUUUAUUUUGAGAAGUAAAUUGGAUUAGGCGUUGAGGCGCUCCUUGGGACCCCGUGCUGGUGUUUUCCAUGCAUAAAUUAUGGCGUCACAUGUAGCGUCUAAUGCGAGUUCAGGAUUUGUUACGUUUUCUGUAUUCAUGGAAGUUUUAAUUAAGAUUAAAUGAUUUUAAUAUAUGUAAUAAACUAUUUUCAUAAUUAAUCAUUUUAAAUGAACAUUUUUUGACAUCUUUUAUUUUAUAUUUUUUGUAAUUUUACUUUACAUCGUUUGGGGCGUUUCAGUGGACACUACUCCGUUUGUUUACAAAUGGUGUCCUAGUUUGCGUCUGUUAAGUCCAAAUAGAUUUUAGUGAUAGUUUGUUAAAGAUUUUACAGUGUCAGAUAAUAUUAGCUACAUCUAAAAGAAAUAAAGCGGUACUGUUUAAGAAAUAUUAAAUAAUUAAAAUUUACUUAUUACUGUAAAUAAGAUUUAGAACUAUUAGAUCUUUCGUUUGAGGCGCAUCUCGGACACUUGUCUUUAAAACUUUAAAGAGCUUAACUCUAGAUCUAGAAAUCUAGACUGAUUAGACCUCUAGACCUAAAUCUAGAUUUACUCUAGAUCUAGAUCUAAUUAUGUAAUUCAUUAUCUAGAUUUACUCUAGAUCUAGAUCUAAUUAUGUAAUUCAUUAUAUUAUAGCUAGAUUUACUCUUGAGUCUUGAUCUAGACCUAGAGUAGAGUAGAAUAGUCUAGUCAGUCUAGAUCUAAUUCAAUAUCUAGAUUUAGAUCUAAACUAGAUUAUUAGAUUAGAAAUCAUUAGAUCUUUUAUGAAUCUAGACUAGUGACUCUAGACUAGAUCAUUUAUGACUAGAUUAGAAUCUAAUUUUAGAUUUAAUAAUAUAUUUUUCUUUAAAUUGACCAGUAUCUAGAAAAAUAUCUAGAGACUAGAUCUAUAUUAUAGACCUAUUCUAUAUUAAAAUGUAGAUAUAGUAUCUAAAACAAAGUUUGGUUUAACCUGCACUUAAUUUCCAUUGUAUUGUUUAUACAGUAUAUUCAAUUAUAUUGUAUUCAGUUCUUUCAGUCUACCACUGAAUGAUUAUAACUUAAGUUAAUAUAAUUAACAGUACUAGUCCUAUACUAUUGAUUGAGUCUAUCCCUAUCAAGCAAUUAUGGGCAUUACUAGACUAGAUUUAAAUAAUGCACCAAUAUAUAAUAUAUUAUAUGUUUAUGAAAUUUAUUAGUAGGCCUAUAUUAUAUAUAAUAGAUCUAUUUAUUUAGAUACUUAUACAUUUUUUAUAAAUUACAGAUUUCAGUAAUGGAGUAUCUGUUAGAGUUUCAAGGCGUCUACAAGCCAAGAAAGACUCUAAAUUUACAAGCAUCAAAGCCUGAGUCUCUAACACGUGUUGCUGUUUUAGAGCAGAGAGAAAAGGAAAGGUUGAGAAAAGCUGCAUACAGGGCCUAGUUAAGCCCACAUGAAAAAGCUUGGAUAAACAGAAAACGCAAAGAAAGAAAACAGCAAGCUAAUAGUCCACUUAAUGUCAUCUCAGCAGAGGUUGGUGAAUCACUAGGUACUGGAUUCCAGACUCCAGUGGCAAAAAGAAUGGCUGUUUUAAGGGCUUUGAUGAAAUUGCCUAGGUCACCCAAGAAAUAUGCUGCAGUUUUUGAUGGUCUCACACAAAUAUGCUCCCCAAGAAAAAGUAAAAGCUGUCCAUGACAUACGCUUUCUGCGCCUACCUGAGAGAAGAAAGCUCAUCCUUCUAAACAACAUUAAAGAAAGUAUCAAAACCUAACUACACUCCACCAGCAAAAAAAAAGUCAGAUGUCUAGUGCUCAUAGACAAGUACUCUGCAGUAUCCUUAGUAAGUACAACAAACUCAGAGGUUGUGCUACUCAUUUCUAACAUUUGGUCAAGAAGUUUUAUGUCCAAGUGCAAAUCAGAACAAAUUGCAAGAAAAAAAAUGACGUGAUUGCAUUGCACAAAAUGCCUUGGAAACAAUAUUCAUUUUUUACAGUAGAGGGAACUGAUCCCUCUCAAUCAUCUGUUAGUGCUCAAACAGGAAAACGUUUCAUGCAAAAGCUACUUAACAUAAGAUGCAGUCUUGCUUAUGUGAGUUGUGUUUGAAGAUUUUUCUUUAUAUAGAGGGCAUUAAUAAAUUUCUGAUCAAAAAAGGACACAGAGCUGACAUUAAUAAAUCCAGCUUCAUCACUUGACUUAACUCUAUGCCCAAGAACUAAUGCCAAUUGUUUUCAUAAGCUGCAGUGCAUUGAAAGAUCAUGUAGCAACUGUGGUGUGGAUUUAAUUAACAAGUAUUGAGCCUUUAAAAAAUUGCACAGAUGAAUUAGCAGAGUGGAGUAUAGUAUGUGGUCAAAGAUGACGGAUGAGUAUGUUCAUAGUGAUGGUACACUGCAAAAGGUAUCAAAGUGGCGACCAGUAAAUAAAGAAGGAUCUUUUAAUGACCUAGUGAGAGGUAUUACACCUAACACUAUUGCUUACAGAAAUAGAAGCUGUUUCUGCUAUCCAUACAGAAAUUCAUAUGGCAGUCAGUGCCUGCAUGAUGAAACAUGUGGCUCUUGGAAGGUGUUCAAACUUCAGAAACAAAAUGUAGUGCAAUCUCAGUCAAAUCUUGAAGACUCUUUGGAUGUCAGUCCCAUAUGCUCAAAUUCAAAGGCCCAAACAAUUUUCUUCACUCAUCAAAAGUACAUUGUAAAUAGCUGUGUGAUUGUCAAGUAUGGGGAAAUAUUCUAUCCAGGAGUUGUGAUAGAAGUCCUGGAUGAUCAGCGCAGAAAUAAUUUUUUAAAAAGGCACAGAAAUUAAAGAAAUAUAUAAAUAUAUAUAUCCAGAAGUGCAGGACAUACAGUUAGUGUAUGCAGACAUGAUUGUUACUGAAGUGAUGUUGAUACCAAUGGCAAUAGUUUGAGAGUGGAAUGUUUUGAUUUCUGAAUUUUUCAAAUAAAAUUUGUGUACAGUU